AUGGCGCUCGGCACCUCCAUAUCCACCAGCACGCUCUCCACCUUUCUCGACGCGAGGUCCUUGCACACCGUCGCCCACAUCUUGUGCGUGAGCUACGGCCCCGCCGCCACCGCGCUGAGCGCCCUCACGCACGCUAACGAGCAAAGUCACUGGAUCUCAGUCCGGAGAUGCCGAGGCCGAUGCGGGAUGCCGAGGCUGAUGCGAGGCAGCAAGAGGCGGAGGAAAAACAAGGACGGCGGCGAGAGCUCGGCUUACUUGCGUUCGCCUAGGGAAGAAGAAGAAAGCUUCUUCCGGGCCUCCUGGCGAGUCUGCCUCCGCGGAGGAGCCAGUAUACCUGGUGGUGGAGCAUGGAGUCGAGGAGCCCACCCACUCCAUCCUCGAGGUUGCAGCCGGCGCCGUCGCCCGACCCCUGCUCUACGGCAAGCGCGGCAUGUCCUUCGCCGCAGUUGGGUCGCGGCACGCCGGCACGGCCCUCGGAUCGUGGGUCUUGGCUUUGAUAGAACCUCCAUCUACGACCCCAAAACUUUCACGGAGGUUCUCGGGCCCCGUCUUCUCUACCCUAUGAUGGAUCCCAUCCUGAUCCCGCACGGCAGCGAGUUGUACGCGCUCUCUUGCUGCCCCGCCGUCGUUGGGGAGGUGGAGUUCAUGCCCUGGUUCUUCGUCUUUGACCUGAAUCUGCCUUACGUCGGUGGCGCCGCUGGAUGGCGUGAGAUGCCGCCGCCGCCCAUCUUUCCGUGCCGCCUCAAUCCGCUGGAGUACCGCAACUCGCCGGAGGUUCGUGUUGCUUCUUACGCCAUGGUCGGCUCCCACAUUGUGCUCUCUGUGCAGCAAGACAAGGGUACCUGUGCUUUGGAUGUGGACACCAAGAAGUGGGAGAUGGUGGACAGUAAGAACCUGCCUUUCAUUGGCCACGCUGUGCCCCUCGGUGGCCACCACUUUGUUGCCUGCUCCAAAGCAAGGGACGGUGCCGCUGCUGUGUUCUUCAUGGAGGUCGCCCCGCCAGGAACUACAUCUACAGGGAAGACAGAGCUGUCCAUUACUGAGUCGCUGGUGGAAUCGAAGGGCAUUGUUCCGGGGCAUUUUUGGUGUGCUAUGGGGAUGGGCAGAUUCUCUUCUAUUGACAUUCGGUCCGUUGAUCCUGGUCCAGAGGGCAAGCUGGAGAAAGCGCGCAUUGUUCAUCGCACUUACUCUCAGGUGGAGGGGGAUGAUGCUAGGACAAAUUCGGUUGUCAUAGUUAAGCAGCAGAGGCAGAUUUACAAACUACAUGAUCGAUCCUGUCAUUUGGCUUAUCCUUUACCGGUGGUUGCUGCUUUAACCUUGUAA